GGGUUUUAUUUGAUUUGGAUGCGGGAUCAAUACUGAAUAAGAUUAAAAAACAAAACACCAAUGUAACCAAUCACGGCUUUGAUUUCGGAUUUAUCUAGGCCAUCAUCUCAAAGACUUCCGCACGCAGUCCAGGACAGACAGCUCUUUUUCUGCUGCUCGCUGCCUCGCUCAUACACGUCACAGUCUUUUGUGAGCAGCAGCGCGCUUGCACGGGUGCGCGAGACUACAGAAGACACGAACCACGGUCGAGUUAUUUAGUAUCUCACGAACAACAACAUUUGAACUGGAUUAGUGUGUGUAACGGAGGAUUUUCCUCGCUGUCAGCAUGUGUACCACGUGUUGUGUAUCUCAGCUGGCCUGCUGCUGUGGACCGGCUGCCUGCUCCCUGUGCUGCGGCUGCUGUCCCAAGAUCAAACAGUCCACCUCAACACGAUUCAUGUACGCCCUCUUCUUCAUGCUGGUCACGGUGACCUGUGUCAUCAUGAUGUCCCCCACUGUGGAGACGGCAAUACGAGAACAUAUUCCUUUCUACACAAAAAUAUGUAAACAGCUCAAUGCGGGGGAGAACUGCAGUACCCUGGUGGGCUAUUCAGCUGUGUAUAAAGUCUGUUUCGGCAUGGCCUGCUUUUUCUUAUUAUUCUCUGUGUUCACCAUUCGUGUGCGAACCAGCACAGGAUGCCGGGCAGCUGUUCACAAUGGGUUCUGGUUCUUUAAGUUCGUGGCUUUGCUGGGCUGCUGUGCAGGCGGAUUCUUUCUCCCAAAUCAGGACAAGUUUCUAGAAGUCUGGCGUUAUGUGGGGGCAGCUGGAGGUUUUCUCUUCAUCAUGAUCCAGUUGAUGCUUCUCAUUCAGUUUGCCCACAGAUGGAAUCAAAACUGGUACUCAGGAGCCAAAGAUAAUAAAAUGUGGUAUGCAGCGCUGGCUUUUGUCACACUUGUGCUGUUCUCCGUGGCAGUGGGAGCCAUGAUGUUUAUGAUCAGGUUCUACACCCACCCAGAGGCCUGCUUCCUCAACAAGCUCUUCCUGGGAGUCAACUGCGGCCUGUGCUUCGUCGUGUCCCUGCUGGCCAUCUCGCCCUGCAUUCAGACCUUCCAGCCCACCUCAGGUCUGUUGCAGCCCGCGAUCAUCACCGUCUACGUCAUGUACCUCACCUUCUCAGCGCUCGCCAGCAAACCCAUUGAAAUGGUGGAGGAAGACGGAAAAAAUAUCACUGUCUGCAUUCUUCCCUUUAAAUCAGGACUGAAGAAUGACACUAACAUAGUGACGGGCAUCGGAACGGUCAUACUGUUCGGCUGUAUCCUGUACUCUUGUUUGAUCUCCACCACCAAGAGGAGUACAGCAGCAUUGCAAGUGUACAGGAACGAUAUGUCUGAAAAUGAGAGAGCACGCUGCUGCUUCUGCUGUGUUGAUGAUACAGAAGACGGUGAAGACGAGAAGACUGCAGGAGGGCAGAAUGUGAAGUAUGAUGAGAAAGAUGGCACAAUCUACAGCUACUGGUACUUCCAUUUUGUUUUCUUUCUCGGCUCCCUCUACGUCAUGAUGACUGUAACCAACUGGUUUCAUUAUGACAACGCAAAGAUCGAGAGGCUGCUGGAGGGGAGCUGGUCAGUGUUCUGGAUCAAAAUGGCAUCAUGUUGGGUCUGUUUAUUUCUGUACAUGUGGACCCUGGUGGUUCCCAUGCUCUUCCCAAAGAGAUUUCAAGCCUAAAAACUCUUCACACAUGAUCCAGUUUCACCACUGUCCAUUUACAACUACUGUGUGUGUGUGUGUGUGUGUGUGUGUGUGUGUGUGAGAGAGAGAGAGAGAGAGAGAGAGAGAGAUUAUGAUGAUAAUGUUUAUGUUGUUUGUUUUUUUUAAUUUGUUUUAUUAGUUUUAGUAUAGUAAAGGCUGCGUAUGUUUUGUUUUAAAUAUAUUUCCAUGGAGAUUUGUUACAGAAAUCAUGUUAUGGUUGCUCCCAUACUGAUGUAGGGCUCUUGUUUUCCUCUAACAUGAAGGUAUAAAAACAAAGCAUUGCUCAGGCUCACACAUCACCUGUAAGUGUCUUGCUUGUUACACUUUUCUUUUGGUAGCUGAAGAAUUCUAUGCAAAUCCAAAAACCAUCUGUGAUUUUCAUUCAAGAGUUUGUCUGCCGUUUUGAAAGUAAUAUUUUUAGGUUUUUAGUGUUUUUUUAUAGUUAUUUUAUUUCACUACAAGGGUGUUUUACUAAGGUAACAAGACUUUUCAUUUGAGUAAAUGUACCUAUUUAUUUAAUAGAAAAAUAUCUUGCCUGAUUAGGUAGGACACCGCUGCCUUGCAAGACCACCAGACUAUCAUGGGAACAUGACCAAAACCAGCUGAGAAGUGACUGUGCAAGGUUAUUCCUGUACAUGUAUGUGAAUAGAUUUACUCAUAUGAGAGGUCUUGCUACUGUAUUUAUUGAAGCACCCUCAUAGCUUCCUUUUAAGACUGCACCAAAACAAUAUUUCCAAAUAAGUCUGCAACAUUCCUAAAGUUUCCUGUCUUUCAGUUUCAUCUUCAAUCUCAGGUAGUGACGAGUGCUACAUAUUUAGCUUAUGGUAUUUCCAGUGAAUCAUACCAUUCUAACUAAAGCAUGUGACUGCCAUUCCCAGUAAAGGUUUGUACACUGAUUUGAAAUGGACAGGGAAAGCCAAGGCCACAACAUUAUGCCCCAAAAACCUAAACUGCCAACAGAUUGUCAUCAGAUUGUUAUAUGUAUGGCCCACAGCAACAUUGAAACUGUAAAUUGUUUACUUUCCCAUUUUUGUUACAAUUUAAAUGGUGCUUUAGGCCAUGGAUGUCCAAUAAUAUUUUAUCUCAGCUCAUGCACUAGGCUAGCAAGCAUGCCAUUUGUCAAAGAACACGUUUAUACCAUCUUUUGUACUUAUAAAGCAUUGUUACAGCUCUGUACAGCUAUUGUAUUUAAUCUUUCAGAGGUUUUUGUUGCUAAAAGUGCAUGUUUGUGUUUCUUGAUUGUGGUGUUCGGUUUACAUAGUUACAGGAGCUGCCUAUAUUAGACGUACUGUAGCAUUCCUGAUGCUCCCUGGUAGAAAAAAAAAGUGGUUGGCGUUGUCAUUGAUGAAGGAAAUAGAAUCUAGAACUGGAAUUAUUUGACAUUUUAUGGUUUUUCCUGUGUAGCAGUUGUAGCUGCCCUAAAUGUUUUGACCAAACUACAGACAAACCAAAAUCUCUUCAGGAUGUCUGAGUCACUAAAAUUGGAGCUGGCAUGUCUUUACUUUGUUAUGGAAAAACGUCUCUUAAAUGCCCUGAAGAAAUCUGUCUGAUGAUGCUUUUGUAAGUUUUGAGUAAAUUGAGAAAAUCAUUGCCUUAAACUUUGUUACAACUGCAUCAAGCUAUACUGUUUUAUGUAACCUGUGAAUAAUUCGAUGCUCAGUAUUUGGUUUAAGUGUUUGUCUAGUUUAAACAUUAUGCUUUCCUUUACUUACAAAUAUGCUGAACAUAAACGUGACAUUUAAUUGCAAUAUGUGCUUUAUGUAAAUAGUCCUUUGUAAAGAUGACCACUAGGUGUACUCAUAGUAUUGCAAAGAAAAGUAAUCUUGCGCUUUGUGCUGUUUUUACUAAUUUCGCAUGAAGACAUAAUCCAAAAGUAUGUACAGUAAGUUUAAAACAACUCUUUUCCUCAUUUAUAUGCAUUGUUUAUUAUCAUUAUUAUUAUUAUUAUUAUUAUUAUUUACUUUUUCUCAUUUCAAGGUUUCAUGAAGGGUCAAAUGAGUUUAACUGUUGCAGGAUCAAACCCAUAUUCUUUAUAGUGUUUAUAUGGGUAUUGCCAGUUCUUUCAAUAAAAAAGACAAAUUAA